AUGGAGAAUAAUAAUAAUGAUGAUGAUGAUGAUUUUCCAUUCAAUGGUUUAUUUUCUCCAAUAGAAAAAAUCUUUGCUGAUUUUGAUCAAUUUUUUUCUGGUUUUCCAACUAUAUUUUCAAUUCCUUCACAAGAUUUUAACAAUGAUAAUCCUCAACCAUCAACAAAUUUAAGAGAUGAAGUCCUUAAACAAGAUGUUCGAAGUAAUCAUUAUGGUGAUGAAAAUCUUGAUUCUACUAUCGAAAAACAUGGUCUUAAUGGAGCAUUUCCAAGAACAUUUUCAAGUUCUUCAAUGAUAACAACAAUGCAUCGAGAAACUACACCAUCGGGAAAAUGUGUUAUUGAAAAAAAAAUUCAACAUUCAUCAAAUCAAAAUGAAAAUAACAAAACUGAAACAAUAAGUAAAAUAUGUGGAGAUAAAUAUCAUACAACAAUAAAACAAGAUGGAAAAAUCAUUCGAGAAUAUGGAAAUUCAACAAUAGAUGAAUUAGAUCAAAUUGAUUCAUCACCCAAUGAUAAUAAUGAUGAACCAAUUAUUAGUGGAAAAAAACAUUCUGAUUUUUUUAAAAAACUUUUUUCUUAA